AUGGCCUCUGAAGUACUCUCCAUGUGUACAGAAAGUCUGCCGAUUCUGCGCUCUGUUUGUAUCUUUGAGGCCAGGGGUAUUUAUUUGCGAAAACAGGACGCUUCCCCGCAGAUCGUCGAUCCAGCGGCUGUUCCGUUGGUGUUUAUGCUGCUUUAUGUGCAGAGGCUCAUAGAUUAUUGGUACGAGGGCCUACAAAACGAGGCUCUUCUGCGAUUUUGGAGCCUGUGGAUGCUCCGCAGUCUUGGGAUCUGUUUUCUAGCACCCACGAGCGGAUACAAACGUGGAAGGACGACAGGUUUGCUGAGCGCAGCUUUAACUGGUUUAUUUGUGCCAGUUUUCACGUAUAUCCAUGUUGGUGCCCCAGAGCACGUCGUAGAUAAAUAUUCUCGAAGAAACAUCAUGCUAUGUGUACUUUUAGGCAUUGCAGAGGUGACAGGCAGCCUCUUUUGGUGGCUACUAUACUAUUCAACACUCACUAGUAUCCCAUAUGGGUGUUUGCAUAGAUUGUGGUACUGCUUGGCGGCAAGACGAGAAUACAUUGUAUUUUUUCAUAGGUUGUGCUAUGAGGUUGACCUCUGCAACCAACAUCAUUGGAGCGAUGGAGGAGCAGAAAAUUUCGCGGGAUCGGCGCUGUGUUACUGUGUGUCAUCCAGGCUAUUAUUGGCCGUCUGA